AUUUCAUAAACUUUCAGUAAACAAUUAUGAACUUCUUCUUUGUUGGGACCGUCUUCAUGGUGGUGGUGGCCGGGGCUCAGGUGGAGAGCUCCGGGUUACCGGGUCUGCAGGGGCUCCCUGAGGUGGGGCCCUCUUGUGUGGCAGAGGUUAUCGCCGCCCUGGAAGAAUACCGGAUUCUUUACAAGGGGUUACUUAAAGGAUCACCGAAGAUUACUGAUCCAAUGAAAACAGCCUCAGAAAUAGCCUCUACUGACACCGCCAAGACCAUAGAAAGGAAAGUCUUUAAUAAUACCGAUGAAACAGGGCAAGAAACCGGAAAAAAGACAGUUGUUGAGAAGACGACGGAAACUGACGUAAAACCCAACGGAACUGUAUCAAAGACUUCGGAAACCACGACUGAUGUAGAUGAGGACGGUAAACAACGGGGUGAAAAAUCUGUGACCGAGAGUGAAACAGUGACGGUACAGACUACAGACAACGGGAGCAUUGCACAAACGGUGGACGUUAGAAAGGUAAUGGACGAAGAGGGUAAUGAAAUAAAGGAGGAAGUUGUUAUCAAGAAGGAAUUAAUAGUACAGCCUCUUACCAAUACAACUGAAGAAAAGCUGAAGGACGAUAAAGACGCAAAUCUUAUCGUUCCAAAAGUAGGGGCGGACGACAAAGCUAAAAACAAAACCGAAUCAAAACGAACAGAGCAAAUAAAGGAGAAUCUGCCCAGCAAUAUAACGAAUGAUGUUGUGAAAGAGAAAGAAGAACUUCUACCUUCACAGGAAAGCACUAAUGUGACAUCUGUGAAGGAGAGGAAUGUUACAGAGAAGGAUGAUGGACUUGAGAAGGCAGAACGAACAGAACAAAGAAAGGAGAUUCUGGCCAGCAAUAUAACGAAUGAAGUUGUUGUGAAAGAGAAAGAAGAACUUCUACCUUCACAGGAAAGCACUAAUGUGACAUCUGUGGAGGAGAGGAAUGUUACAGAGAAGGCAGAACGAACAGAGCAAAGAAAGGAGAUUCUGGCCAGCAAUAUAACGAAUGAAGUUGUUGUGAAAGAGAAAGAAGAACUUCUACCUUCACAGGAAAGCACGAAAGUGACAUCUGUGGAGAAGAAGAAUAUUACAGAGAAGAGUGAUGGAAAAGAUGUCGAGAAGGAAACUGUAAUUCAAAAAGAAGUCCAAAAGAAUGUGUGUAAUAGCGACAUCAAAGAGGUUCGUAACGAAAAACAUCUUAAUGAAACAAUUGAAGACUUGAAACACCAAGUUGAUGACGUGAAAAACAAGAUGAAGGAAGAAAAAGCAAAGGCUGAAGAAACAAAUGCUGUCGUUGAAAAGACAGUCCCUGCUGUGACGCCGGCGAAGGUUGUUAGAAAGGAUGUGCCCUCGGUGGGAGAAGGAAAAGACUCCGUUGUGACUCGAGUUGUUGAACCCGUUACCCCUUCGGUGGUAGCAGAAAAAGUCCCCGUUGUGACAAAUCAGACCGUUGCUGAAAAGAUUCCCCCUACGGUGACCGAAGGAAAAGUCCAUGUUGUUAAAGAAGAGAAAGUUAUUGAAAAGGUUGUGCCCUCGGUGACGGAAGAAAAACUCCCCGUUGUGACAAAGGAGAAGGUUGUUGAGCAGGCUGCCCCUUCGGUGACACAGGAGAUCGUAAGUGUCUCUAAGGAGCAAGCAGAACUUCCUCUCGUGGCAGAGGAGAAGAAGGUUAUUGAAAAGAUUAUCCCCUCGGUGACAGAAGGAAAAGUCCCGGUAGUCCCUCAACAGGAGGUUGUAGAAAAAGUUGUCCCUUCGCCGACAGAAGAAAAAGUUCCUGAUGUGACACAAGAAAGGGUUACUGAGCAGAAUGUCCCACAAGAAAGGGUUAUUGAAAGGGCCGCCCCUACGGCGACAGAAGAAAAAGUUCCUGUUGUGACACAAGAAAGUGUUAUUGAACAGAAUGCCCCACAAGAAAGGGUUAUUGAACAGAAUGUCCCACAAGAAAGGGUUAUUGAACAGAAUGCCCCACAAGAAAGGGUUAUUGAACAGAAUGCCCCACAAGAAAGGAAUGCCCCACAAGAAAGGGUUAUUGAACAGAAUGCCCCACAAGAAAGGGUUGCCCCACAAGAAAGGGCUAUUGAACAGGCUGCCCCUACGGCGACAGAAGGAAAAGUUCCUGUUGUGAUAAAAAAGAAGGUUACUGAACAGGCUGCCCCUUCGGUUACAGAAGAGAUUGUCACUGUUUCUAAAGAGAAAGAAGAAGUCCCUGUUGUAACAGAGGAAAAGGUUCCCGCUGUGAGAAAUGAGACAGUUAUUGAAAAGAUUACUCCUUCCGUAACAGAAGAAAAAGUUGUCAAUCAACGGAAGGUUGUUUCUUACGAAGAUGCUACAGAAAAUCAGGAAAAUCAAGUUACUGGAGAUGAAGAAACGGACGAAACUGAAUUGAAGUUUAUCAUCACCAUACAAGAGAGAAUAGUCCGCGAACAGACAGUCUCAAUCACACCCGUGAUGGAUAAGGACGCCAACACAAGAAGGAAUAGAAAAGUGGCGAAGAAACAACUGAAAAGAAUAGUGAGGAAGGUGGCCCGCGCCGUCCGGGAAGAAUUAAGCAAGCGACACAAGACAGCGGGGGCGGGACAGUAGCAGCAGAAGCUGUUACCAGUGUGAGGGAACAGGCUGCCACUCUCCACCAAACCGACAGCCACCACCACCAAAAUGUCCCCUCAACACCCAGCUGCUUGCGAUGGGAUCCUAAAACUAAAUCCCUAAGAAAGUGUUCCAUAUUUUCUUGUCUUUUCUUAU